UGGAGGUGAGCUGUUUGAUUUCCUGGCGCAGAAGGAGUCUCUGAGCGAGGAAGAAGCCACUCAGUUCAUCAAGCAAAUCCUCGAGGGGGUCAACUACCUCCAUGCUAGAAAAAUUGCCCACUUUGAUCUGAAGCCUGAAAACAUAAUGCUACUGGACAAGAAUGUGCCGUUGCCGAGAAUCAAACUCAUUGACUUUGGUCUGGCUCACAAGAUUGAAGCUGGGGUUGAGUUCAAAAACAUCUUUGGGACACCUGAGUUUGUGGCACCGGAGAUCGUCAAUUAUGAGCCACUCGGAUUAGAAGCAGACAUGUGGAGUAUUGGGGUCAUCACCUACAUCCUGCUGAGUGGUGCCUCACCUUUCCUUGGGGAGACCAAACAGGACACACUGGGGAACAUUUCAGCCAUAAAUUAUGAGUUUGAUGAAGAGUUCUUCUGUCACACCAGUGAGCUGGCCAAGAAAUUCAUCAGCCAGUUGCUGGAGAAAGAUAAGAAGAAAAGAUUAACAAUUCAAGAUGCUCUUAAUCACCCGUGGAUCAAGUCCAAUGAACACAAGGAGGAAAACAAAGCCCAGGAGCCAAAGAAACGGGAGCGGCGCCAGUUGAAGACCAAGCGCCUAAGGGAGUACACUAUCAAGUCCCACUCCAGCAUGCCACCCAACAACACCUAUGUAAACUUUGAGCGCUUUGCACAGGUGGUGGAAGACAUUGACCAGAUGGAGAGCUCAUUCAUUAGUCUGGCAGCUGCCCAUGACUCUCUGCAAGAAGAUAUUGAUGCCAUGGUGUCUAUAUACAAUGAAAAGGAGGCCUGGUACAAGGAGGAGAGUGAGGGCGUCCGCCAUGAGCUCUCACAGAUCCGCUACGAGUUCCGUAAGGUCGAGGCCUUGAAGAGGAGCCUGCAGGACGACAUGCAGGCUUUCAGCUCCAGCCUCGGCGCCAUCAGCAGCCGUUACCAGGAGAGACAGAACCACUUCGAUGCACUGCGCCUGGAGCUUAGCAAUGAGCUGAAAUGGGUGCAGGAGGUGAUGGGCUCAUUUCCCAUGGAUGGGGGUGGAGGAGGGUACUCCAACUUCUCCACCGUCUUCAAUAAUGAUGUAAAUGAGGCCUUGAAGGAGCUGCUGAACCGCUCCUGUGGAGGGGAGCUGCUGUCUGGGAUCAACCUGGACUUUACUGAGACUGGACAACAAAGAUAAAGGCUGUGUUAUAUUUUAACCUAUUUAAAAACCAUUAAGUAAAGUUGCAAUAGGAAGGUCUGUGUCAGAUAAAAAAACUUACACAUAUAAUAAGAAGUAAGUAUUGUCUUACUUUUUGUAUAUCAAAUUGUAUAUUUCCAUGUUAAAAAUAACCUGCCCAAAUGAUCCUCUACUAAUGUCACAGCCAGACACCACAGGACGCCCAGAGGUCCUGUGUCCAUACACUGACAGGUCAGAGCUGAUUUGAUGGUAGAAAGGGGGGCAUAGGUGGGUUGCAUGUGUUAAAUAACAUCCAGAUGAAUGUCAGGGUUUCCCAGCAGAACAUUGUAUUGUAACAAGAUGAUCAACAUGUCAGUGGUUGUUCUGUGUGUGUCUGAUGUGUAUAGCCAAUAUGAAGUCCUUAAAUUUAAGAUGCAGAAUUUAAGGAGUCUUACAGUGGUCUGUUUUGGUUCCUUGAAUCAGUACUUUUUUUGCCAGUCAUGCAGAAUCAGCUACUUGACUGUUUUUAUUUUCACAGUGUUUUGGUGGUGAAAAUGCUCUCAAAAUUGAUUUGUAAUACCAUUUAAAGGCCUUGCAAAAACAAGCAACCUUGCAGAUACCCUGGGCCAGCUGCUGAAUCAUGGAGCUAACAAGUGUGUCAGCUACGGGGCGUUAGUCGUGACAGCAGGGAACUGCUGGAACAGAUCGGAGACUAUGACCAGCUGGGACAUGACCAAAGCCUCAGAUCAGGAGGGGAAAGCAGCACCUCCUGAAAUCAACACCCGCAGAGCUGGCUCCCACACCAUAUGUAGAAACUCACUACUAUUCUGAGAGCAGAUGUGUAUUUGCGGGAUUGUAAUUAUAAGUAGUAGACUGGGUCAGAGAAGCGCUUUUCUGACAGUAUAACAAAAUAUGUUUGUGCUUGGAUCCAGUUUUGAGGUGUUUAAAUGUCAUUUCAGACUCACUAUAUUUAACCACCACCUGCAGUUUUUGCUUUUAGGAGAAUGAAUCAGCUCACAGUACAUGUGAUGAGCCCAUAAAAGCUGAUGUAUUCUCCAAAUGUGAGCCAGUUAACAAAAAAAAAAAAGACAGCAUGAGUGACAGAGUCCAACAUACUUAACCCACAGGAGAUAAAACAUCAAGCCCAGUUACAGCUUAAGGGCUGCUUCAAAGUGGCACACUGAAAGGCAUUUUACUAAACUGUACGUGUACUGGCUGUUAACCUUCUCACACCACUCUGAGGAAAUAGCUCUCUAUGAAUGACAUGGUGCAGUUGAAUGGUUUUAAUGCUGACAAAAUAAUCUGGUCUUUGUGAAUAAUAAGUGUUAGAAUUUAAAAUAUAAUUGCAUCUGAGCAAAUAUCCAAACCAGAAGAAGAUCUCUGAAACAGCAGACAAAAGUACAAUGUUAGGUCAACUAUGGAUAAAUGUAAUGUGUGAUGCACUUUUAAAUUUUUUUUGUUUGUUUUGUUUUUACAGUGUGUCUUAAAACAACCUAACCACUGCAUUGCUCUAUAAAAGUAAAUACUCGUGAUUUAAUACAGAACACAUUUAACAGAAAACCCAGCUAAAAACUGAGCUACUCUGUCUCAUCUGGACUGUGCUUGUGUGGUUUGAUCAGACUUGAUUUGACUUGAUUUCCUGGUAACAUAAAACCACUGACAGAUGAAGUAAAUAACAUUGAUCUUGUUACAAUACAACGUUCUGCUGGGAAACCCUGGGUCCUGACAUUCAUCUGAAUGUUACUUUGACACGUACCAUCCAUUUAGACAUUGUUGUAGACCACGCAGUCACCAGCACACACACACACACACACACACACACACACACACACACACACACACACACACACACACACACACACACACACACACACACACACACCCCCCUCCCAUGGCAACAGGGGCCUCCACCAGCAGGACAGUGCUCCCACCACACCACAAAUGCUCAGAAAUGUCUUGAGGAACAUGACAAAGAGCCCAUGGUGUUGACCUGGCCUCCGAACGCCCCAGAUCCCCAUCUGAUAGGACACCUCUAGAGGUCCUGUGUCCAUGCCCCGACAGGUCAAAGCUGUUUUUGCGGCAUGAGUGAGAUCUACACAAUAUCACGCAGGCUUGAUCAGAUUGGGAUCUACAGGGAGCCCAGGCCAAAACUUUGGGCUUUAUAUCAUGUUGUGGUUGCUCAGUGUAUGAGAGGCUGUGUUUCUGUGAAGGUUUUUCCUGGUAUUUUUCUGCACCCAGUUGUCAACAAUUACACCUGCUGUCAUUAUAAUUAUUCAGUAAUUAGAAUUACAGUUAUGCAACUUUAGGUGUACCAGUGCUUAAUAGCAGGUGCAGAAAACAGCUAAGCUGCAGGUGUUUUUGAAGUCUCAAAAGAAGAGAGUGACUUUAAGAAAUUUAAGUCACUGUCACUCAGAGACUCAUAUUGAAAAUGAAAUAUUAGUGUUUGAUAGGAUAAAGUCAAGAGGAACCUCUUACUCUGGAGCUUUCCAAGACUGCUUGUUUUUCUAAUUCCUGAUGUAUCAGUUUCAAGAUCAGUAAAAAUACGGUCAACUUGCAGAUGACCUCUACAGAGCAACGGACUGCAAAUGGUGGUGAAGGAGCAGACAGUGCUGAAGUUGAUGCUUUGGUCAAGUGACACAGUGUCAAGAAUUUAGACCUCAGCUGAGAGAAUUAUUGGUCUCACACUCCUUUAGAUCUGGUGUGAUGUGGUGAAAGGACAAUUCACAGUAUGAAGCUGUUAUGAGAACCUUGUCCUCAGCCCCAUCAACCCUCACACCCAACAACAAAUAAAACAGUAAAUAGUGUCUGUGAUAAGGUGUUCAGCUCAGGCCGGGCUCCUCUGCGUCUGCACUGACAAGAUAAAACCCACUUUCUACACCACUUGACAUGACAUCAUAUCACCAUUGACUGAAUUUCUGUUAACAUGCAGCACAGCUCUGUAACUCCCCUAUUUAGCAUUUUUAAUAAAUGAUUAAUAAUAGAUUACAAUGCAGUUGUGGGCAAUUUAUGAAUAUAUUUGUCAGCAGCUCUUAGCUCCUCCUGUGGACACACAUAAGUGGAGGCUGUGCGCCUAAACAAAUAAUGAAUGACAAUAUAAUAAAACUUGUCUCCCAUGUCUUCAUGGGAGGAGUUAUGUUGACAAAACACUUACAAAUGUCCUUAUAGUUGUGUAGAACUACAUUAUAGUGUGUUAUGAUAAUAAUUUAUUUAAUUAUUAAUGAUUAACAAUUAUUAAUGAUGUAGUGAAAAUAUCAAGAAAUACUGCAUAUUAUAAAUGACACUGAACAGUGAGAUGGCAGUGACCAGUACACACAGUUUCCAGUUUAUUAGGUAUACCUUCUUUUAACAGAUAUAGUCCUGCAAUAAAUCCUUCUUCAUGAAGGUUAUAAUGUUCAGUUUUUAUUGAAAUUAUUACUGAGAGGUGUUGAUCCACCUGUAUGAUCAUUUAGGAGGAUGCAGUAUACUGUUGAACUUUGUUGUCAUAUACAGAGAGCUGUUUGUGUUAUUUAGCCAGCAGCAAGUCAGCUACAAGCCUCAAUGCAAGAUGGUCAAAGCAGCCCAUCACAGUACAACAAAAGCCAGAGCUGAGCAUUUACACAUUUUGAACCUCAGAUGUUCCUUUAAAUUCUUAUUUAAACUUGAGAAAUGUAACAUAGAUGUAACACAGAGGUAUGAAUCAUUAAACUAUGCACUUGUUUAUGUAAAACUGUUAUGUUACUAUAUUUGGUGAAUGAAUAACAUCAAGGACACUGUGUAGCAGAUGACUUGGCUCACAGAGUACUGUAAAUACUGUUUAUCACUAGUGUAAUCACCCCAUUUGAUGCUCAACCUCUUUUGAUGCAAUAAUGGCAAAAUAAAAUGAAUUAACAAAGAA